GCCCGCGGAGUCGCGACCGUAGAAAAACAAAACCGCGGAAAACAACAAAACACGCGUUUUAGCCCGCACCGCGUCGCGCGCUCCGCUCCCCCGCACCGGGACCCCGCGCCGGCCGGUACCGUCGGUGUUUUCCGCCGCUCGCCGGAGCCUCGCGGGCGGUGUUGUUUAUGUGUAGUAGCGGGGGGCUUGAAACCGGCCGCGCUUGCCCCAUUUCCUCGGUUGUUUUCCUCCUCGCCUGGAUUCUCCAUGUUGUUGAAGUGACGGGACCGCGGGGGCAGCUCGGCGGGGACAAGUUGGCGGUAAACCCGGGACCACGGAGCGGACAGACUCUCCUCUCACCCCCCUGAACCAGGUGCCUUACCCCGCAGGCGGCGGACCCCGGAGAAGAAGAAGAAGAAGAAGAACCAGAAGCAGAAGAAGAAGAGGAAGAGGGAGGAAUACAGACGCACAGGAACUAGACGGAUCCGCCAGUGACCUCCGUGUCAGACCGAACCCGAUGAGGGAUGCCCGGCGGUGCCCCCGGACUGGAUUUGAGGAUUGUGAGGGCUCCGUGAUUGUCCGAUGGAAAGUUCUGUUAUCACCCAAGUGCAGAAAGAAGACGUUCAAGUGUCAGAGAAAACAGGCCAGGUGAACCGCUCGGCCCUAAAACAGCCUCGGAGCUGUAACAUCUUCAAAGCGCUCUUCUGUUGCUUCCAAGCUCAGGAUGGCCCCAAACCACAGCCGCCACUGCCGCCACCUUCCCAGCAGGCCUUGCUGGAUUCACAGGAAAAUGGAACGGUUGUCAAGCAAUAUGAACCCAGCCUCCUGUCUGAGGUGAACGCCCAGGACCAGGGGAAGAUAUGCGUGGUCAUCGACCUGGAUGAGACUCUGGUGCACAGCUCAUUCAAGCCCAUUAGUAACGCAGACUUCAUCGUGCCUGUGGAGAUAGAGGGGACCACACACCAGGUGUACGUCCUGAAGAGGCCGUACGUGGAUGAGUUCCUGCAGCGAAUGGGAGAGUUGUUUGAGUGUGUGCUGUUCACAGCCAGUCUCGCUAAGUAUGCAGACCCAGUGACGGACCUGCUGGAUCAGUUCGGCGUGUUCCGGACUCGGUUAUUCCGGGAAUCUUGUGUAUUCCACCAGGGCUGCUAUGUCAAAGACCUGAGCCGGCUGGGCAGAGAUCUCCACAGAACCCUCAUCCUGGAUAACUCUCCUGCCUCUUACAUCUUCCACCCAAACAAUGCUGUUCCUGUGGUGUCGUGGUUUGACGACGUGGAAGAUGCCGAGCUGCUCAACCUCCUGCCCGUGUUUGAAGAACUCAGUCAAGCUGACAACGUUUACACCCGGCUGGACCAGCUCCGUGGACAUUGAGCUCUCGUCGGCUCCCGUUAGAGCUGCAGCUCGAAAAACCUCUUCAACAUCAACAGAACAGAUACGAUCCAGAUGUUCUUCUCCUCGCCUCUGCACAAAGCGCCUCUGUUUUUAAAAAAGUGUAUUAGCGCGGGGGUUAAGGAAAUUCCCAGCUUGGAAAACACAAUGUCCUCGGCUCAAAAAAAAAAAUUUUUAAGAUCGCUAUCUGAGGCCUUUCCUCUGAACCUGUGCUCACAAUAUCGACAACCACUAUUUGAACGUUCCACGAGAAAAAAAAGCAGGAAACAACAACCAAAGCAGUUAAAUCACAAUCACUCCGGUUAGUGUGAACACUCGUGUGGUUCUCUUGCCAAAGCAGAAGCCUGCCUGCCCUGACUCGUGGACGCGGUGUUUCUGAGUCUUGUGCCUUCAAGGAACAACAAAGUAACAUCAGCCCUUUUUUUUACAAUUUCCACCAGAUUUUCUACAUGUAUCGAUUUCUUUUUAUAGGUUGUUUAUAAGGAAGUCUAUUUUUAAAUGGUGAACACGGUUCUUCUAUGCAACGCACCUCUGUAACGACACGGAUUCAUUGCAUUCAGCAGAUGUAAACAUGAGUGUAGCCUUAUUUACCUGCAAACGAGCAGCAGAGUAGAAAACUUAUUUUACCUGUUUGUACGAGAAACACCAUUUCUACAGAACAUGCAAAUAUGAAUCGCGAGUGAUGAGACGUGUGUGAUGUUAUUGGUGAUAUGUUAAGUAAACAGAGUGAAAUCUGGUCUUUGAUGGAUCCGUUGAAAGCAGACACACUGGAAUAUGUCGGCACAUAGGACGACCACAGACGCCACAGUUUUCAGCCAAGGUUCAAUCAUAGUUCAUUUGUUUCAUGUUCUACUUUUAUGACGUGUAUGACAAACAACGUGCACUCGUUUUAUACUGACAGUGCUGAAAGUAAAAACUGUGCCUUUUGGAAUUGGGACAGAGGAUGGUGUUCUGCCUGAACAGAGAUUUGUAGACCUACACACUCUGAUGUGUCAUGCUGAGCGUGAGAAAACACUGUCACGAGCAGGUGUAUUGCCAUGGGGCUGUGGUACUUGCAGUGCAACACUUGAAAAUAUCAAAUUUGAGUUUUGUUAACAUGUAUGAGUGUUUUUUUCUCUGUAUUUAUUGGCCAAAAACCUGUAUUGUCCAGUACUUCUUAAUGCUUAACAUUUCGUAUUGUACUCCAUACGCCUGCUUGGAGGCCGGCCUUGCGUUUGACUGUUUUAUCUGUGCCUAACAAACAUGUUGCUGUCAAAGUUCAUGCGUAAUUCAAAAACAUGAGCAGUUAAAUCAAACAGAUUUUUGAAUGCAAGAUUCAAUCAUCCAAGAAAACCUUUUUUUUUUUUUUUUUCAUUUAGAAAAUUCAUUACGAGAGAUAUUUUGUGGGGUUGUGUUUCCUGGGUAAUUUGGGUUUUUUCUAUGACGUUUAAUGCCUGAUGCGAUUAUUGCCUGCAUGUUAACUAGUGAAACAAUGACAAUGAAAAUGUACCAGUUGUGAUGACCAAAAGUAUUUGUUUAGACAGUCACAAUUUGUCUUUGUGUAUCAGAAUAAAUAAGAGAACUCAUUUUGUCUUCCUGAUCUGACCAAAACUCUACAAGACAAGGUGCUGCCAAUUUUUAUUUUUUAAAUAAAAAUUGGUUAUAUUUUA